AUGCAGGAUAGAAAAUUGAAGAGAAGUAAGAGAUAUGGAGAAGAUGGUACUGGAGGAAGAAAUAGUGAUAGUGGGGGCAGGAAUAGCUGGGCUGGCCACCGCGAUCGCGCUCAAAAGGGUGGGGAUUAGAGCAUUGGUGCUGGAGAGAUCUGAUGGCCUCCGAGUCUCUGGUGCUGCUCUCACCCUCGCCCCAAAUGCUUGGCUCGCUCUUGAUGCCCUGGGUGUUUCUCAUAAACUCACUCCCCUCUAUGCCGUCCGCGAAAAGAUGUGCAUAACAAAUGUUGCCACUGGAGCGGUCCAAGAAGUCUCCCUCAUUAGAAACAAUAGAGGUGGACCCAUCACAGUACAUCGCAAGACGCUACUCGAGAGUCUGGCAGAGGAGCUGCCACGCCACUCGAUCCGAUUCUCAUCCAAGCCCAUCUCCAUUGAAGCCCAGGCCCAAGAAGGACCAUAUACCAUGCGCUUGGAAGAUGGAACUGUGAUUACAACCAACGUUUUGAUAGGGUGUGAUGGGGUGAACUCGUUUGUGGCUCGUAAAUUGGGGUUGACAGAGCCGGUGAACUCAGGUCGAUCGUCUGUGGUUGCGCUGGCUGUGUUUCCAGACGGUCAUGGGGUGCGUGAGCAUGUGCUGCAAUUUUUGGAUGUGGGCAAAAGGGCUGGCAUCGUCCCUCUAAAUGAUAAAGAGAUUUACUGGUUCCUCAAUUUCAAUACUCCUAAAGGUGAGACCAUGACAAAAGACCCGCAAGAAAUACAAAAACAAGUGAUUGAGAAUUAUGCCAAGGACCUCCCUCCAAUAUACGCUGAAGUGGUCCGCCACUGCGAUCUUUCUACCUUGACUUUGGCUCCACUGAGGCUGAGACUUCCAUGGGACCUCAUAUUUGGAAAUGUAAGCAAAGGGAACAUGACAGUGGUAGGUGAUGCCAUGCACCCAAUGACCCCUGACCUAGCCCAAGGUGGUUGUGCAGCCCUGGAGGACGCAGUUGUCCUAGGCCGCCACAUCGGAAAAUCAUUCAUUGAUAACGGGAGGCUGGUGCCAGGAGCGGUGGCCGAAGCCAUAGAGGGAUACGUGAAGGAAAGGAGGUGGCGCGCUGCUUGGUUGAUAGCAGGGUCAUAUUUUUCAGGGUGGGCGCAGGUAGGCAGGGAAGGAUGGUUGAUGAAGAUGUUCAGAGAUAUGAUAUUUUAUAGGUUUGUUUUGAAGAGGCUUAUUAGCAUUGCAGACUAUGACUGCGGGAAGCUCCCACUAUUGGAUGAUCAAAAUAAGACUCAUUAGCUUCAUUUUAGUUGUUUUCUUUGCAUCAAAUUUUUUAGGGUCUUUGUUUUAGCCCCUCUAUUAUGAAAUUUGUUCUAUUUUACCAGUUCUUUGCUAAAUGCGUACAAGUACGUUGACAGUUGAAGUGUAAUAAAACGUAUACCUACGUUGACCAAUAAUAGUUGAGCAAGGUUUAUUGCCGUGUGAUCAUUUUUC